UCGUAGGACGGCAAAAAUGCAAAACGGGAUGACGGAAACAUCGCGAGAUAUUUCCGACUUACUGAAAUUAACCCGAGAAAGUCCAUACUCGCAAGAUAACUGGAGUUCGGCUGAUUCCGAAGAUGAGCCCGCAAAGGAUGGUGAGCAAAGUCAGUGCCCAGCUUGUCAGCUCAGUAUAAACGAUGGUAAAAUUCUGUGUACACACGCAUCUGGGCAGUCGGGAUCUUGGAAGACUUGCGAGGAACUAUUGAAGAAACUGCAUACGCAUUUACAUCUAGUGUCAAUGGCCUACAAACCAUCUGGAGAUACACCCUGCAAUCUGGAUGCGUUUCAGGGCGCACUGGCUGCGAAAGAUGAACUUGCUCGCGUCCAAACAGAAAUGGCUAUUUUGGAAGGAAAAUUGCAAGCAAAUCAGCUUGCGUGGGAAACAAAAUCGAAAACGUUAACGGAAGUUAAUGCACGCCUGACGAAACAACUGGAAAGCACCCAGCUGAAGGUGAAGGAACUGCUUCAAGAGAAUCUGUAUUUGUUGUACAAACACGAUAAACUCGCACACAUGGGCUUCAAAACACCAUCAAACUCCAAAGUGGGAACUGAAACGUCUUCAAAUUCUUGUCCUCCAGCCGGUGUUUGCUUUCGCCGUUCGACUUUCGAGUUUUCACGAUCAUCUCCCCGCCAUCUUCUCAUAACCUCAGAGGCUUUUCUGGCUUUAUUAGAAACCAAUAGUCAGAGCUCCGCAUCUUGUUCCGUCACAUCCAACAACCAAUUUGCUGAACGACGUACUAGCCUGAACCGUAGCGAACUCCCCCCGUCCAUGCGCUCGACACCUACUCCAUCCAUGAAUAAAACGUCAAGCACACUCGAGCAAGGAAUCCAAUGUGAUCUGUCAUCCUUUGGUUCCUUGCUUUCUUUGCAAAGCACCAGUUCUAUCACAGCAGAUUGCUCCUGUUCUCCAACUACACAGUCCCUCUGUGGAUGUGCUAUCGAAAGUCUAUACAAGGAAACCAACAGUGUUCGGGACAUGAAAAUCACCAUUGAGGCAUAUCGGAUUGCCUUGGAGAGUCAGUUCAAGAAGAAUCGCAGCGUAUUUAAGGCGAUGGCUGCUCUGAUUCCCCACGUGCCGAAAACUACCUAUGCCAACUCUCCUCUCUUCACGUCACUCGUGCAUGACUUGCUGGAUGUGAACAGCUCGUGUGAUACUCCCGCUCCAUGGCAUUCUCCACUGCCAUCACCAGCAGAAGCACUGAAUCGGAUUCUGGUGUGGUUUUACCAGAAUAUGAAUCGUAUCGUCAAACACAUGUCAAUCUGUAACAGCGCACCAACUCGUUCUGGCAGUAUUGACGAGCACCAUUCUCCGGAAGAUUCGCUGGUGUGCAUCGAUAAUCUAGAUUUACGCAAGAAGCGGGGAGUUCGGGCUCAUUCCUUCCACGAAUCCUCUUCCGAUUCUCUGCCGUCAACUCUUCGGUCUUCAUCGACUCGGAAGUCCUUGCGGCAGAUCACUUUGGGCACACAACGCCAAAUUGAAUCAUAUCAUGCUCGCGUUCAAAACGCACGCUCCAUGAUAGAACUACCGACGGAAUCGGAUAGAAAAUCGUCCGUCGAUGCGUUCCAAGUACCUCCUAUACCCCUGUCAGAAUCCAGAUCUUCGGAUUUGUAUAGGAAGAAAAAGCCUGGGUCUUCGAACAUGAGUUAUGCCGCUAAGCUGUGUGCCCGAGCCCGGUCAGUGGAGGCUCUUCAUUCGACGGCUUCCACAGGUGGAACUGCCCUGAGACUCAGGUACCAAUCAAAUUCAUCCAUUCUGGGAGAACUUGCAUCCAAGACUAACGAGCUCGCUGAACUUCUGCUGGACCACCAACUCAUAAGCCACAUUUCCAGAAAGGCCAUGUGAUUAUUCAAAGUUGCCAACUUCUGUCGACUGUGAUACAGAUUUUCAUUAUCAUUCAAAGCGCCUGCGCUUCAUUAACUUUCAUCUUUUAUUUCCUCCACUGAUUUUCAUGAUUUAUACCACCCAGCCUGCACAUAUAACUGCCGAACAUAUCACUGUCCUUGUUUUUAAUUCCCACUGGUACUGGAAAAGUUUAUUAUAUCAUUA